CCGGAUCGGGCCCACCGGCCGCUUCUUCUUCUAAGGCGCAAAUCCCGAGCUGUUUCCAAAGGCGGAACAAUACGCACCCCGCGCUCUGUAAACCUCGCCGACCCUCGCCUCUUCCUUGCGCCGGCGAGCGUCGCAGCGAUCGAAAUCCCACUCAACAGUUAUAUAAGGUUAUUCUGUUGGGGAGAGUGGUAGAAAUGGGUUUGAAGCUGCAAGCUUUAAAGAAUCUCGAUGCAUUUCCACGUGCAGAAGAGCAUUUGUUGCAGAAGACACAGUCAGGAGCAGUUGUCUCUGUCAUCGGUCUAGUCAUAAUGGCCACAUUGUUCCUACAUGAGCUGAAGUAUUUUCUUACAAUCGACACUGUACAUCAGAUGUCAGUAGAUCUGAAGCGGGGAGAAACACUUCCAAUUCAUAUAAAUAUGACAUUUCCUUCUCUUCCCUGUGAUGUUGUAAGUGUGGAUGCCAUUGAUAUGUCAGGCAAACAUGAGGUGGACCUGGAUACCAACAUUUGGAAACUUCGCUUGAAUAAAGAUGGCUACAUCAUUGGCACUGAAUACAUAUCUGAUCUUGUUGAAAAGGAGCACACCCACAAGGAUGGCGAAGGUAAAGAUCACCAUGAAGAUUCCACCCAUAAAAUCCUUGGACAUGGUUUUAAUGAAGAAACUGAAAAAGUGAUCAAGAAUGUGAAGCAAGCCUUGGCAAAUGGCGAAGGAUGCCGGGUUUAUGGGGUUUUAGAUGUGCAAAGGGUUGCUGGAAACUUCCAUAUUUCAGUUCAUGGUUUAAACAUCUAUGUUGCACAACAGAUCUUUGAGGGAUCAAUUCAUGUGAAUGUGAGUCACGUGAUUCAUGAUUUAUCGUUUGGCCCAAAGUACCCUGGAAUUCAUAAUCCACUUGAUGACACUGUACGAAUUCUGCACGAUACAAGUGGAACAUUUAAAUACUAUAUCAAGAUUGUUCCGACCGAAUACAGAUUCCUCACAAAAGAAGUCUUGCCAACAAAUCAGUUCUCAGUCACAGAAUAUUAUGUCCCCAUGCGUGAAACUGAUCGGACGUGGCCAGCUGUAUACUUUUUAUACGAUCUUUCCCCCAUCACUGUGACAAUUAAAGAAGAACGUCGCAGUUUUCUGCACUUCAUCACUCGGCUUUGUGCAGUACUCGGUGGCACAUUUGCCGUUACAGGAAUGCUGGAUCGCUGGAUGUAUAGGCUUCUUGAGACAUUUACGAAGUGGACUUCUAGAAACGUACUCAGGUAGGCGAAUAGGAAUCGUUUGAUUGAAAGCAAGGGGAGUCAUGCGGAUGGUUCUCUAUGCCCAGCAGCUGUCGUGACUUUCCAUCAGCAAGGUUGUGGCCUGAUGCAAUCGCAGUACAAAGGCUUGUGUUUUCUGAUGUUUUUCUACUGAGAAAAUUCCGUAUGGCUCUUGGUUUUGUUGAGAAGUAAAACUCUGCAUGCCUAAAAGAGUCAUAUAGAUGGAAUGGCAUUUCCUUUUUAUUAUUGGGACCCAAUCCAAGUAAAACCCAAAACAGCACUAUGGCCCAUCAAAACAGGCAUUUUCAUUUGUUCAAUAGGACAAUUGUGUAGGUGGGGCCCACCUUUUUAUUUU